AUCUCUAUCUUGAUCUCUGUUUGUCUCUCUCUGUCAAAGCUAACAGCUAAGUUUCACACUUUUUUUUACUUAACACCUCAGCAGUUUACUGACUCAAAUUAUUAUGUGCAUACUUUCUGAAACUUGUGAUGCACAAAACAGUUCCUUAUGCUAAACAUCACAGAUGGUUUAACCAGCCUUUCAUAUUGGCUUAUUUCUAUUAUUCUGUUUUUGAUUUUUGUUUUUAUCACCCCAGUAUAACUAUUUAUGCUGAAGAGCAACGAUGAUGAACAUCACAAUAUUCAGCACAACAGAAUACGAUUACAGCAUUUUUAAUACUCCUGAAAUAUGUGAUUACGGAACCCAUGCAAGUCGUUUACUCCCGGUACUCUACUCUCUGUUCUUCGUGGUCGGCUUCCUGGGCAACAUGCUGGUGUUGUGGGUGAUCCUGAGAGGAGCUCAGAUGAAAAGCAUGACUGAUGUUUCUCUCCUGAACCUGGCCAUCGCUGACCUUCUUCUCAUCUUCACUCUCCCCUUCCUGGCUCACUAUGCCAGAGAUACCUGGGUCUUUGGUAAUGCCAUGUGCUGGCUGGUCCUCUGUGUGUACUACAUCGGAUUUUACGCAGGAAUUUUCUUUAUCGUGUUGAUGAGCAUCGACAGAUACUUGGCUAUCGUCCAUUCUGUGUGUGCCUUGAGAAUCCGCACAAAGGCUUAUGGGAUUGUAGCUAGUGUUGUCAUCUGGAUUCUAGCCAUUAUAGCAUCAUUUCCUGAGCUACUGGACCUUGGAGUCCAAACUUACGGGGCUGAAUUACUGUGCAACGCUUAUCCGAAAAAUGAAAGUCUCAAUGAGAUGAGAAUUGCAGCUUUCUUUAAAAUGAACAUAUUAGGUCUAUUAAUUCCACUGGUUAUUGUGGGAUUUUGCUACUCAAUGGUGCUCUGGAGGCUUCGAACCAUACGUACUUCAAAGAAACUGGCGGUUCGUCUUGUUUUUACGGUCAUGGUGGUUUUCUUCUGCUGCUGGAUGCCAUACAAUAUUGCAAUGUUGCUUAAAGCACUCGAACUGAAGAAAAUCCUUAUUCCAGGGUGUGAACUCAGCAAACGCAUCCAGCUGACGCUGCAAGUCACUGAAGCUAUAGCGUACUCACACAGCUGCCUCAAUCCUUUCCUCUAUGUGUUUGUGGGGGAAAAGUUCAGGAGGCAACUCGCCAGACUCCUUCGCCAGACACCAUGCUUCCGUGUGCAGUGUAUGAAGAGCUACAUGACCCGCGCCGCAUCCUCUGUGUAUUCACAGAGCACAAGUGUAGAUGAACGUGCCACUGCCUUGUAAAUGGUAGCAGAUUCAAGGGGAACAGGAAAUCUGAUGUUACCACUCAUAUAAGUGUGUAGAAAUGAAUGUACAUACUUCCCCCUGUUUUUAGAUACGGUACAGAUUAUGUAUUUGCCAAUAUUAUCCUCUGUUUCCUAAAAAGACCUUUUCUUUUCAUCUCGGUGUGUCACAAAUUCAUUCAUUCAUUCAUCUUCUACCGCUUAUCCGAACUACCUCGGGUCACGGGGAGCCUGUGCCUAUCUCAGGUGUCAUUGGGCAUCAAGGCAGGAUACACCCUGGACGGAGUGCCAACCCAUCGCAGGGAAUGUGUCACAAAUCACAAACAUAAUUAUUUUGUACUAACACUAACCAGUUUCCCUUUAACAGUUAGUGUUUUAUUUUUGAUUGUAAGAUCUUAGUUUUUAAAUGAAGCCUCAAAUCAUUCUAAAAACCACAAUAGUGGUGGAAAGAUCUGAAUAGAACCAUUCUGUGCCAUUUAGUGGAAACUCCUUUAAUCCUCUAAAUGUACAUAUGGUAUAUGGAACGUUUAUUGGAUAUUGUAUGGAUUUAUGGAUUUAAAACAACACAUUUGUUAACUUUGCAUACAAAAUAAUUUAGGUAGCUUUAUGUAAAUUCUGAAUGCUCCUUCAAGUUGUGUUGAAGCACUUUUUUUUUAAAUAAAGCGUUAGACUGUAGAAAUUGAGUUGAUAAAUAAAUAAUAAUUUCAUUGAGUCAGUUUGGACGGGGGGGUGGCUUAGUGGUUAGCACGUUCGCCUCACACCUCCAGGGUUGUGGGUUCGAUUCCCACCUCCACCUUGUGUGUGUGGAGUUUGCAUGUUCUCCCCGUGCCUCGGGGGUUUCCUCCGGGUACUCCGGUUUCCUCUCCCGGUCCAAAGACAUGCAUGGUAGGUUGAUUGGCAUCUCUGGAAAAUUGUCCGUAGUGUCUGAUUGUGUGAGUGAAUGAGAGUGUGUGUGUGUGUGUGUGUGUGUGUGUGUGUGUGUGUGUGUGCCCUGUGAUGGGUUGGCACUCCGUCCAGGGUGUAUCCUGCCUUGAUGCCCGAUGACGCCUGAGGCACAGGCUCCCCGUGACCCGAGGUAGUUCGGAUAAGCGGUAGAAGAUGAAUGAGUGAGCGAGUUUGAUCGUGUAGCUGGAACUGAAAUAUAGUUCCCGGUUCAUGUUGCAUUGCAGUUAUGAUGGUGGUUACAAAUAGCCUGAGAAUGAAAAUGGAAAGGAAGGAAAAAUAUCUUAUUCAUCUGGCCAAAAGUAUAUGGACACCUGUCCAUUGGCUCUCCUAUAAUCCUUUAUCCCUCUAACCCCUCCCACCACUUUCUAGGAAGGUUUUUUUUUUUACCAGACGUUGGAACAUGACUAUUUGCCCAUUCAGCUACAAAACCAUUAGUGAAAUUAGGCAUUGAUGGUGGUCGAGAAGGCCUGGCACACGUUAAUUCAUCCCAAAGAUGUUCAGAGACGUUUAGGUCGUGGUACUUUGGAUUCUUCCACACUAAUCUUGGCAAACCAGAAAAAGGAACUCAAGACUCCAAGACUCACAUAUGGGUGUGUAGGACCGUAUACCUUUGACCUUAUAGCUUAUAUAACUGAAAUACAUAAUUGGGAUAUUAGCCCAAUUAACCCAAUAGAACACCUUGUGCUUCAUUGUAAAUAAAGCUUAUAAAAAUAUGGAAUAAAAAAUACAGUAAAGUUUAUAAUAUCUUCUUUUAAUAUUUGGCUUGUAAUGCACAGCUUCAUCUUUAUUAUGCAUCAAAUACUUCAAAUGAACGCCUUGCAUCAAUUGUUCAAUAAUUCUGUGAUGCCAUUUAUUAAUGCAGUUUUAAUUCACUUAUCAGGCUACAUAUGAUAACGUUUAGUGAUUUCAGCUAAUACUGUUUAUAUUUUAGAUUUUAUUUCGGUAUUUUUUUAUGUAUUAUGAAAUGAAAGCUAAUAAAGCUUUAGCUAAUAAAA